AUGGAGUUACAGCCGACACAUCUGGAGGGCAACAGCAGCAGCGGCAGGGUGCCCAUCCAACCAAAUUGGGCUCAGGGACCAGUGCAGGUGACAGCGGCGCUACGGCCUGCCUCAGCGCUUCCCAAUUUACAGGAGCCACAGCUGGCAGCUUCUGGGCCGAAGGGUGCGGCCGAGCCAGCGGGGGUCUUUGAGCUCCAGGUCCAUUCCUUCACAACAAGCAACCCCCAGAAAUUCUGCCGCGGGGCUCAACCCUGCCACCUCUUCUUCCGUGUCUGCCUCAAGCACGCCCAAGCUGUGGUGUCCCCGGAGCCCCCCUGCACCUUCGGGGCAGCCCUGAGCAACAUCGUCCCUGCUGAUCGUAAUGUGGUGGCCACCAGUGGGCUCAUCCGCGUCCCCUUCCACUUCAAGUGGCCGGGCACCUUUUCCCUUAUUAUCGAAUCUUGGAGGGCUGAAUCAGGAGAGCCAUCCACAGAGGACGCCCAGAGGCUGGUCAGCCGUUUGGCAACCCGCCGUCGCUUGGCGGUGGGCGAGGACUGGUCGCAAGACGUGCAGCUUGGGGACCAGAGCGAGCUGCGCUACUCUUACCACGUCGCCUGUGACGAGCACUACCACGGGGAGAGCUGCUCCGCUUACUGCCGGCCACGAGAUGAUGCCUUCGGCCACUACACCUGCGAUGAGCUGGGCAGCCGGAUCUGCCUUGCGGGCUGGCAGGGCGACUAUUGCUCGGAGCGCACGUUGCAUGGAAGGACUCCUGCCACCAAAGAAGUUCGGGGGCAUAAAAAGCCAUGCAAAGUGGUGUUCAGGGGCCCCUCCUGCGACGAGUGCGUCCGCUACCCCGGCUGCCUCCACGGCACCCGCCUCCAGCCCUGGCAGUGCAACUGCCAGGAGGGCUGGGGCGGGCUCUUCUGCAACCAGGACCUCAACUACUGCACCAACCACCAUCCGUGCCAGAACGGGGCUGCCUGCACCAACACGGGCCAAGGGGGCUACACCUGCACCUGCCCGCCCGGCUUUGUGGGGACGAGCUGCGAGGUGGAGAUCAACGAGUGCGACAGUGGCCCUUGCAGGAACGGAGGCAGCUGCAGUGACCUGGAGAACGACUACAAGUGUACUUGCCCACAAGGCUUCUAUGGCAAGAACUGCGAAAUCAGCGCCAUGACCUGUGCGGACGGGCCCUGCUUCAACGGGGGGACCUGCACAGAGAAGUCCUCGGGGGGCUACGCUUGCCACUGCCCUCUGAACUACCACGGGUCCAACUGUGAGAAAAAGAUAGAUCGGUGCAGCAGCAACCCCUGUUUGAAUAGUGGCCGCUGCCUGGACCUUGGCCGGAGCGUGAUCUGCAGGUGCCGCCCCGGGUUUGCUGGCUCCCGCUGUGAGUUGAACAUAGACGACUGCGCACGCAACCCCUGUGCCAACGGAGGCACCUGCAUCGAUGGCCCCAACAGCUACUCCUGCUCCUGCACCCUGGGGUACGGGGGGAAGGACUGCAGCGUGCGCAUGGACGCUUGCAGCUCCGGCCCCUGCUUGAACAGCGGCACCUGCUACACCCACUUCUCGGGCCACGUCUGCGAGUGUUCGGCUGGCUACAUGGGCUCCAGCUGCGAGUUCAGAGUCCAGCUGCCCACGCCCGCCAGCAGCCAGUGGAUGGCCGAGGGGCCCUUCCCCACGGCCCUGGCGGUUUCCUUCGCUCUGGGGCUCUUGACGUUAGUGCUCGCGGCCUGCGCCAUCCUGGCUGUGCUUCGGCACCUGAGGCGCGGGCCCCACGCUCUGAAGAGCCGCGUCUGCAACGACCUGGCCGCUGUCAACAAUUUCAGAGAACGGGACAGCUGCCUCAUUUCUCCCGGCUGCUUUAAAGUGUCGAACAAGGAGGCCCGAUUUCAUGGCGACCAGUUCAACUGUAAGAGGAAGCUGUUGGACCAGAGUUACGAGUCCAUCUGCAAGAAGCUGGAGAAUAAACAGUCGGAGUCCAGCUGGCCUGUUGCUCCGGAGUGUGCCAAGGAUGGGGCUUACCACCCGAUCUACAUCAUUCCUGGCCAGGUGGAACCCUGCAUUUAUGCAACAGAGGAGAGCUGUCUCUGUCAAGGGGAACAGUGGGACUAUUCUGAAGGCACCAUCUCAUCAUUGGAUGAGGACAUCCUAAGCCUGUUUUAG